AUGGAGUUUCUUAAAAAGCACCCCUUCAAUCAUCGAUUCUUGGUUCGCACUGUUCUUAAUCCUGCCCUCUACCGAGCUCUUGUUAACACUCCACUCCGCGGCUCGCCCGUCGCUAUCAACACAACCUGCCCGCGUAUUUCAAUCUUUCCUUCGCACAAUAUCGCCAUACGAGGAUUUACACAGACUAGACGCAUGAUGGAGGACCCCAAGGUGGUCCUGCAGGACAAGCAAGAGGUGGCCGAGAUGAUCAGAGCUUUGGAAGCUGGCCGAACUCAGAACAAGGGGGAUAAGAAGGCCUUCAAGUGCAGGAAGUCCACCUUCAUGGUGGGAAAAGCCGGUAACACAGCUGCGGAUUCCUGGAAGUUUAUGGAUUGGGAUUACAAGCGUAACGAUCUGCCAACUUACGCUCGUGGACUUUUCACUGCCAAGCGGAAAGACGGCGCUCCGGAAAUUGUCACUCGCGGCUACGACAAGUUUUUCAAUGUCAAUGAGGUCAAUGAAACACAGUGGAGGAAUAUCGAGAAUAAUACCAGGGGUCCCUAUGAGCUCAGUGUGAAAGAGAACGGGUGUAUCAUCUUCAUUUCUGGACUGGAGGACGGAUCUCUUCUCGUCUGCAGUAAGCACUCAACUGGAGCUCGUUCCGACACUGCUAGGAGCCAUGCACAGGUUGGAGAAGAGUGGAUUGAAAAGCACGUCGCAUCUGUCGGCAAGUCUACUGCAGACCUAGCUCGGCAGCUGCGUGAGAUGAAUGUCACUGCCGUAGGAGAGCUUUGUGAUGACAGCUUUGAGGAGCACGUGCUCGCAUACGACCCGGCUUCCUCAGGGAUUUACCUUCAUGGAAUCAACUUCAAUGUUCCCGAAUUUGCGACCCUUUCUAGUUCCGAUGUGCACCAGUUCGCCGAUACGUGGGGGUUCAAGAAAGCGAAUUUUGUAGUCUACGAUGACCUCGAGACCGUCCAGAAGUUCCUCGAGAAGUGCGCCGAGACUGGAUCCUGGGAUGGCCGGGAUACUGAAGGUUUCGUCAUUCGAUGCAAAAUGAGCGAGGGCGGAAAAGGCCCGCUUCGAGACUGGUUCUUCAAAUACAAGUUCGAGGAACCGUACCUGAUGUACCGGCAGUGGCGUGAAUGCACCAAGGCGAUACUCUCAGGAAAACCCCCUCGAUUCAAGAAACACAAAAAGAUUACGGAAGAGUACCUAGCCUAUGCUCGCAGUCAGUUUGUCCUCAAUCCGGGUCUGAAGCAACGUUACCAGCAAAAUCACGGGAUAAUCUCAAUGCGCGAUGGAUUUCUCCAGGAGCGUGGGCUGAACGGGGCUCAAAUCAUUCAAAUGGAGGCCGAAGAAGUCAAACGGGACGUUGUAUUGGUACCUAUUGCAUCAAUAGGUUGUGGAAAGACAACAGUGGCAUUGGGUCUAACCAAGCUAUUUGGCUGGGGCCAUGUCCAGAACGACAACAUCCCAAAGGGGAAGAAUAAGCCGAAGAAAUUUGCAUCAGAUAUCCUCAACACCAUGAUGGAGAAGUCAGCCGUUAUUGCUGACCGAAACAACCACCAGAAGCGCGAACGAGACCAGCUCAUGAACGAUGUAUCCGUGGGUGCUCCGAACGCACGCUUCGUCGCCCUCCAAUAUGUACACGAGCCAAAGGACAUAAUGCUUCCUGAAAUCCGCGAAGUAACGCGCAGACGUGUUCUUGACCGCGGUGACAACCACCAGACUAUUCGUGCUGGUACGAAGGAUGCCGGCGAGGUCAUUGGCAUCAUGGAAGGAUUCCUUAAACGAUUCGAGGCCAUCGAUACCGAACGUGAACCAGACAUGAGCUUUGACGAAGUCAUUGAUCUUGAUAUCAUGGCUACUUCUCGCGAGAACCUCGAAAAGGUAGUCAGGGCUCUGCAUUCUGCCUAUCCCCAGCUAGUGACUGCAGUCCCGUCCGCAAAGGAGCUCGACGACGCCAUCGACUUCGCAACAAGCGAGUAUAACGUCGACGUGGACCACAGUGCCUCAUACAAACAACCCAAGAACCCCAAACAGAAUAAGAACAGCAACAGCCCCGGUCCUUCUGCGAUCACCAUCGAGGCUAAAGCCAAAAACAUCGAAUACUUCGGCAUCUCCCUGCCAGCCUCCGAAGUCCUCAACCUCCUCCACUCCCUCUUCUCCCCCGCGACACCCCCUGAAAAAGCCCGUCUCUACCACCAACUCGUCAACUUCCGCCGCAUCCAACCCGCCUUCCACGUAACCCUCAUCCACCGGGCCUCCAAAAAGGACAACCCAGACGUCUGGGACUCCCUCGUGCAGCGAUAUACCGAGAAAAUGACCACAAUCCCACCCACCGAACACUGGGGCACGCCAUUUCUCGGCCAUGCCCGCAUCCGCCUCGAGCGUCUCGUCUGGGAUUCAAGACUCAUGACCUUCGUUGCGCGCAUCCUGCCCUCCGAGGACGCCGAGGACGGCCAGCCUGAGCCCGACUGGGUCUGCGUUAACCCGCUGCCCCAUGUUACAGUUGGCACUGCGUCGCCGGACAUCAAGCCCAAGGAGAGCAAUGACUUGUUGCAGCGGUGGUUGCGGCAGGGGUCUGCUCCUGGAUCUGGGAUCUGGGAGGCCGAGAUACCCGGUGUGAAGGUUGUUUAUGGGAACGUGGGAGUUACUAUGAGUCGCGGGAAAUAUUAG